AAAAAAAAAGAAGAACUGGUGGCAAGUCGCCACAGACACAUACACACGUCCACAAGCAGAAAAUGAAAACGUUGAGAGCUGAGAAAAUGACAUGUUUUUGUGAAUGCUUGUAAUGACUCAGACCCACGUUUUCAAAAUCGUACCUUGAAAUUCUCUGCUUCUGUUUCACUUGCAAUUAAUCUCUUUGCUCAGCCACCACCCACCACCCACCACCAACCGUGACUCAAAGCACCAUAAGGUUUUAUUAACUAGUGUUGCACAACAAACACAAAUUGCACUUUGCCAAUAUUUUUCUUUUUGAAGCUGUUUCCUCAUUAUGCAGCAACAAUGAUUGAUGACCAUCAGUUCUUUUUGAAUCCCGUGACAUUCAAGUGGCUAUAAUCAUAAGGAAGCUUGGAGGUACUUCUAGUCUUUAGAAGGAAACAGGCAUUAAUAUUUAUUGUAUAAUUAUUGCGGGGAUUGGUCAUUUAAUUUGGAUAUGAUGGAGUUCUGUGCUGAAAGUUCCCAUUCGAAUGGGAAACACACUUUGAAGCAUUCUAAAUCUGCAGAUGAAGUGAAGAGAUCCAGAGAAAAGGCCCAUAGAAGUUCUCAUUCCAAUGGAAAGCAAAAUGUGAAGCAAACUUCUACUUUUGUUAAUCAUGCUGCAAUUGCUUGGCAUGAGGAUAGAACAAAAUGGGUUGGUGAUAAGUCUCAACAUCCACCAAGAACAGCUAAGGAUCCAAUUAUUAGCUGGUCAACAUCAUAUGAAGAGCUGCUGUCAACUAACGAACCUUUUGCUGAGCCAAUACCCUUACCAGAGAUGGUAGAUUUCUUAGUCGAUAUUUGGCUUGAAGAUGAAGGCUUCUUUGACUAAAUUGUUGAAAGUUUUAGUUAAAUGGCAACUGAAACAAGAAAUUUUUAAAGCCUUUGUAGGUGUCCACAUAUUGAUCAGGAUGGUGAAGGGAGACAAUCGAUGGUCUCCACAUUAACCUCCUAGCAUGAAAUCCUUUUAUAUGUAGAAGUAAUCUUCAGGGUUAAUGGUUAUUAUUUUCCACCAUUUAUCUAAUAGAAAAUUUCAUUGUUUUAUAUACAUGUAUGUAGUUUAUUUGUAUCUGCUGAUCCAUCAGCAAACAUACAAGUUCAUAUGCAUGUCCUAAAUAGAUGCUUUGAUCAAUGCCACUUAUACAUUCAUAAUUGAAAAGUUAAUAAUUAACUUUGGCGUGAGAAUUGAGAUGUG